ACACAAUAAUCACAUAUGGAGAACUGGUUUCUGUGGUGUGAUGGUGGUCUUUUCUUCCAGCAUGUGAUAGUCCUGGAGUGCACGUGCCACAUUAUGUCUUACUUGGCCGAUGUCACCAAUGCCCUGAGCCAGAGUAAUGGUCAAGGCCCAAGUCACCUCUCGGUGGAUGGGGAGGAGCGGGCCAUUGAGGUGGACUCAGACUGGGUGGAGGAGUUGGCAGUGGAAGAGGAAGACUCCCAGGCUGAGGAUUCAGAUGAAGAUUCUCUUUGUAAUAAACUCUGCACUUUCACGAUCACUCAGAAAGAAUUCAUGAAUCAGCAUUGGUACCACUGUCACACCUGUAAAAUGGUAGAUGGGGUAGGUGUGUGCACAGUUUGUGCCAAGGUGUGCCACAAGGAUCAUGAGAUUUCCUAUGCCAAAUAUGGUUCCUUCUUCUGUGACUGUGGAGCCAAGGAAGAUGGCAGCUGUUUGGCGCUGGUGAAGCGAACUCCCAGCAGUGGCAUGAGCUCCACCAUGAAGGAGUCAGCCUUUCAGAGUGAACCCAGGGUUUCCGAGAGUCUGGUGCGCCACACCAGCACAUCUCCAGCGGACAAGGCCAAGGUCACCAUCAGUGACGGAAAGGUUGCUGACGAAGAGAAGCCCAAGAAGAGCAGCCUGUGCCGUACAGUGGAGGGCUGCCGGGAGGAAUUGCAGAACCAGGCCAAUUUCUCCUUCGCUCCUCUCGUGUUAGACAUGCUCAGUUUCCUCAUGGACGCCAUUCAGACCAACUUUCAGCAGGCUUCAGCUGUGGGGAGCAGCAGCCGGGCCCAGCAAGCCCUCCGGGAGCUGCAUACUGUGGACAAGGUGGUUGAGAUGACAGAUCAGCUGAUGGUUCCCACCUUAGGCUCCCAGGAAGGUGCCUUUGAGAAUGUUCGGAUGAAUUACAGUGGUGACCAGGGCCAGACUAUUCGACAGCUCAUCAGCGCCCAUGUGCUCAGGCGGGUGGCUAUGUGUGUGCUCUCCUCCCCGCAUGGGCGCCGCCAGCAUUUGGCUGUCAGCCAUGAGAAAGGGAAGAUCACUGUUCUGCAGCUCUCUGCACUCUUGAAGCAAGCAGAUUCCAGCAAAAGGAAGUUGACUCUGACCCGCCUGGCUUCUGCCCCCGUCCCUUUUACUGUGUUGAGCCUCACUGGGAAUCCCUGCAAGGAGGACUACCUGGCCGUGUGUGGGCUGAAGGAUUGCCACGUGUUGACCUUCAGUAGUUCGGGCUCUGUUUCGGAUCACUUGGUGCUGCACCCACAGUUGGCAACGGGCAACUUCAUCAUCAAAGCGGUGUGGUUACCUGGUUCACAGACCGAGUUAGCGAUUGUCACUGCAGACUUUGUCAAGAUUUACGACCUGUCUGUCGAUGCCUUGAGCCCGACCUUCUACUUUCUCCUGCCAAGCUCGAAGAUAAGAGAUGUUACCUUCCUCUUCAACGAGGAGGGAAAGAACAUCAUUGUUAUAAUGUCUUCAGCUGGUUAUAUCUACACCCAGCUCAUGGAAGAGGCCAGCAGUGCCCAGCAGGGACCCUUCUAUGUCACUAAUGUGCUGGAAAUCAACCAUGAGGACCUGAAGGACAGUAACAGCCAGGUGGCUGGUGGCGGUGUGUCCGUCUACUACUCCCAUGUGCUGCAGAUGUUGUUCUUCAGCUAUUGUCAAGGCAAAUCAUUUGCAGCCACUGUCAGCAGGACAACUCUGGAAGUGUUGCAGCUCUUCUCCAUCAACAUCAAAAGUUCCAAUGGUGGCAGUAAGACGUCUCCUGCCCUUUGCCAGUGGUCCGAGGUGAUGAACCACCCUGGCUUGGUGUGCUGUGUCCAGCAGACUACAGGCGUGCCACUGGUAGUGAUGGUCAAACCAGACACUUUCCUUAUCCAAGAGAUUAAGACUCUGCCUGCCAAAGCAAAGAUCCAAGACAUGGUUGCCAUUCGGCACACAGCCUGCAACGAGCAGCAGCGGACCACGAUGAUCCUGCUCUGUGAGGACGGCAGCCUGCGCAUUUACAUGGCCAACGUGGAGAACACCUCCUACUGGCUCCAGCCGUCCCUACAGCCCAGCAGUGUCAUCAGUAUAAUGAAGCCUGUUCGGAAGCGCAAGACAGCCACCAUCACAACCCGCACAUCUAGCCAGGUGACCUUCCCCAUCGACUUCUUUGAACACAACCAGCAGCUGACGGAUGUGGAGUUUGGUGGGAACGACCUCCUGCAAGUCUACAAUGCGCAGCAGAUAAAGCACCGGCUGAAUUCCACCGGCAUGUACGUGGCCAACACCAAGCCUGGUGGCUUCACCAUCGAGAUUAGCAACAACAACAGCACUAUGGUGAUGACAGGCAUGCGGAUCCAGAUCGGGACCCAGGCCAUUGAACGGGCCCCGUCCUACAUUGAGAUUUUCGGCAGGACCAUGCAGCUUAACUUGAGUCGCUCCCGCUGGUUUGACUUCCCCUUCACCAGAGAGGAAGCCCUGCAGGCCGACAAGAAACUGAACCUCUUCAUUGGGGCCUCGGUGGAUCCGGCCGGUGUCACCAUGAUCGACGCUGUGAAAAUUUACGGCAAGACAAAAGAGCAGUUUGGCUGGCCCGACGAGCCCCCAGAAGAGUUCCCUUCUGCCUCUGUCAGCAACAUCUGCCCUUCCAACCUGAACCAGAGCAAUGGCACUGGAGACAGCGACUCUGGGGCCCCUGCCACCACCAGUGGAACUGUCCUGGAGAGUUCUGAAACUGAGUCCCUAACCAAGCUGGACCGGCUGGUUGUGAGUUCUUUAGAAGCCCUGGAAAGCUGCUUUGCUGUUGGCCCAAUCAUCGAGAAGGAGAGAAACAAGAACGCAGCUCAGGAGCUGGCCACUCUGCUGCUGUCCCUGCCAGCACCUGGCAGCGUUCAACAGCAGUCCAAGAGCCUUCUGGCCAGCUUGCACACCAGCCGCUCAGCCUAUCACAGCCAUAAGGAUCAGGCCUUGCUGAGCAAAGCUGUGCAGUGUCUCAACACAUCCAGCAAAGAAGGCAAGGAUUUGGACCCCGAGGUCUUCCAGAGGCUGGUGAUUACAGCUCGCUCCAUUGCCAUCAUGCGCCCUAACAACCUUGUCCACUUUACGGAGUCCAAGCUGCCCCCGAUGGAAACAGACUGUUUUUUUCCUAGAUGUGCCUGCUGGAGUCUAGGGAUAGUUGGCAUAUUGAUUGGGGCCCCACUUGAAACUCCCUCCCCAGAAGGAGUAGAUGAGGGGAGAGAACCUCAGAAGCAGCUGGAAGGAGACUGCUGUAGUUUCAUCACCCAGCUGGUGAACCACUUCUGGAAACUCCACGCGUCCAAACCCAAGAACGCCUUCUUGGCACCUGCCUGCCUGCCAGGCCUGACUCAUAUUGAAGCUACCGUCAAUGCCCUGGUAGACAUCAUUCAUGGCUACUGUACGUGUGAGCUGGACUGUAUUAAUACAGCAUCCAAGAUCUACAUGCAGAUGCUACUGUGUCCUGAUCCUGCUGUGAGCUUCUCUUGUAAACAAGCUCUAAUUCGAGUCCUAAGGCCCAGGAACAAGCGGAGACAUGUGACCUUGCCCUCCUCCCCUCGAAGCAACACUCCAAUGGGAGACAAGGAUGAUGAUGACGAUGAUGAUGCAGACGAGAAAAUGCAGUCAUCAGGGAUUCCGAAUGGUGGUCACAUCCGUCAGGAAAGCCAGGAACAGAGUGAGGUGGACCAUGGAGAUUUUGAGAUGGUGUCUGAGUCGAUGGUGCUGGAGACAGCCGAAAAUGUCAACAAUGGCAACCCCUCUCCCCUGGAGGCCCUGCUGGCAGGCGCAGAGGGCUUCCCCCCCAUGCUGGACAUCCCGCCUGAUGCAGAUGACGAGACCAUGGUUGAACUAGCCAUUGCCCUGAGCCUACAGCAGGACCAGCAAGGCAGCAGCAGCAGUGCCCUGGGCCUGCAGAGCCUGGGGCUAUCCGGCCAGGCACCCAGCUCUUCCUCUCUGGACGCAGGAACCCUCUCUGACACCACAGCAUCAGCUCCAGCCUCGGACGACGAGGGCAGCACGGCAGCAACUGACGGCUCCACCCUUCGGACCUCCCCUGCCGACCAUGGCGGUAGCGUGGGCUCGGAGAGCGGGGGAAGCGCCGUGGACUCGGUGGCUGGCGAGCACAGUGUAUCCGGCCGGAGCAGUGCUUACGGUGAUGCCACAGUGGAGGGGCACCCAGCUGGACCAGGAAGUGUCAGCUCAAGCACUGGCGCCAUCAGCACCACCACCGGACACCAGGAGGGAGAUGGCUCCGAGGGAGAAGGGGAAGGGGAAGGGGAAGGAGAUGUCCACACUAGCAACAGACUGCACAUGGUCCGUCUGAUGCUGUUGGAGAGACUACUGCAAACCUUGCCCCAGUUACGAAAUGUUGGAGGUGUCCGGGCCAUCCCGUACAUGCAGGUCAUCCUGAUGCUCACUACAGAUCUGGAUGGAGAAGAUGAGAAAGACAAGGGGGCCCUGGAUAACCUGCUCUCUCAGCUAAUUGCUGAACUGGGCAUGGACAAAAAGGACGUUUCCAGGAAGAAUGAGCGCAGUGCCCUGAAUGAAGUCCAUCUGGUAGUAAUGAGACUCCUGAGUGUCUUCAUGUCCCGGACCAAAUCCGGAUCCAAGUCUUCCAUCUGUGAGUCGUCUUCCCUCAUCUCCAGCGCCACAGCCUCGGCCCUGCUGAGCUCCGGUGCCGUGGACUACUGCCUGCAUGUGCUCAAAUCUCUGCUGGAGUAUUGGAAGAGCCAGCAGAACGACGAGGAGCCCGUGGCUACCAGCCAGUUGCUGAAACCACAUACGACUUCAUCCCCACCGGACAUGAGCCCAUUCUUCCUCCGCCAGUAUGUGAAGGGUCAUGCUGCUGAUGUGUUUGAGGCCUAUACUCAGCUUCUGACGGAGAUGGUCCUGAGGCUUCCUUACCAAAUCAAGAAGAUUGCCGACACCAACUCUCGAAUCCCACCUCCUGUCUUUGAUCAUUCGUGGUUUUACUUUCUCUCGGAGUACCUGAUGAUCCAGCAAACUCCGUUUGUGCGCCGUCAAGUCCGCAAGCUUCUGCUCUUCAUCUGUGGGUCAAAGGAGAAGUACCGCCAGCUCCGGGACUUGCACACUCUGGACUCCCACGUGCGUGGGAUCAAGAAGCUGCUGGAGGAACAGGGGAUAUUCCUCCGGGCAAGUGUGGUUACAGCCAGUUCAGGCUCUGCCUUGCAGUAUGACACACUCAUCAGCCUGAUGGAGCACCUGAAGGCUUGUGCCGAGAUUGCUGCCCAACGAACCAUCAACUGGCAGAAAUUCUGCAUCAAAGACGACUCCGUCCUGUACUUCCUCCUCCAAGUCAGCUUCCUGGUGGACGAGGGGGUGUCCCCGGUGCUGCUGCAGCUGCUGUCCUGUGCCCUGUGUGGCAGCAAAGUCCUCGCCGCCCUGGCAGCCUCAGCCGGCUCCUCGAGUGCCUCCUCGUCCGCAGCGCCUGUGGCGGCCGGCUCUGGACAGGCCACAACACAGUCCAAGUCCACGAAGAAGAGCAAGAAAGAAGAAAAGGAAAAGGAGAAAGAGGGUGAGAGCUCAGGCAGCCAGGAGGACCAGCUGUGCACAGCUCUGGUGAACCAGCUGAACAAAUUUGCAGAUAAGGAGACCUUGGUUCAGUUCCUGCGUUGCUUCCUGUUAGAGUCCAAUUCUUCCUCGGUGCGCUGGCAGGCCCACUGUCUGACCCUGCAUAUCUACAGAAACUCUAGCAAAUCUCAACAGGAACUCCUGCUAGAUCUGAUGUGGUCCAUAUGGCCAGAACUCCCAGCCUACGGUCGUAAGGCUGCCCAGUUUGUGGACCUACUAGGAUAUUUCUCCUUGAAAACCCCACAAACGGAGAAGAAGUUGAAGGAAUAUUCACAGAAGGCUGUGGAGAUUCUGCGUACCCAAAACCAUAUUCUUACCAACCAUCCCAACUCCAACAUUUACAACACCUUGUCUGGCUUAGUGGAAUUUGAUGGCUAUUACUUGGAGAGCGACCCCUGCCUGGUGUGUAAUAAUCCAGAGGUGCCGUUUUGUUAUAUCAAGCUGUCUUCCAUUAAAGUGGACACGCGGUACACCACCACGCAGCAGGUUGUGAAGCUCAUCGGCAGCCACACCAUCAGCAAAGUGACGGUGAAAAUUGGAGACCUGAAACGGACAAAGAUGGUGCGGACCAUCAACCUCUAUUACAACAACCGAACCGUGCAGGCCAUUGUGGAAUUGAAAAACAAGCCGGCCCGCUGGCACAAGGCCAAGAAGGUUCAGCUGACCCCCGGGCAGACAGAGGUGAAGAUCGACCUGCCCUUGCCCAUUGUGGCCUCCAACCUGAUGAUUGAGUUUGCGGACUUCUAUGAGAACUACCAGGCCUCCACAGAGACCCUGCAGUGCCCGCGCUGCAGCGCUUCCGUCCCCGCCAACCCGGGGGUCUGCGGCAACUGCGGAGAGAAUGUCUACCAGUGUCACAAGUGCAGGUCCAUCAACUACGAUGAAAAGGACCCCUUUCUCUGCAAUGCCUGUGGUUUCUGUAAAUACGCUCGCUUCGACUUUAUGCUCUAUGCUAAGCCUUGCUGUGCAGUGGAUCCCAUUGAGAAUGAAGAAGACCGGAAGAAGGCUGUUUCCAACAUCAAUACGCUUCUGGACAAAGCUGACCGAGUGUAUCACCAGCUGAUGGGACACCGGCCACAGCUGGAGAACCUGCUCUGCAAAGUGAACGAGGCAGCCCCUGAAAAGCCACAGGAUGACUCGGGGACGUCCGGGAGCAUCAGCUCCACUUCAGCCAGCGUGAAUCGGUACAUUCUGCAGCUGGCUCAGGAGUACUGUGGGGAUUGCAAGAACUCUUUCGAUGAGCUCUCCAAAAUCAUCCAGAAAGUCUUCGCUUCACGCAAAGAGUUGUUGGAAUAUGACCUGCAGCAGAGGGAAGCAGCCACCAAAUCAUCCCGAACCUCUGUACAGCCCACUUUUACCGCCAGCCAGUACCGCGCCUUAUCCGUCCUGGGCUGUGGCCACACGUCCUCUACAAAGUGCUAUGGCUGCGCCUCGGCCGUCACAGAACACUGUAUCACAUUGCUCCGGGCCCUGGCCACCAAUCCGGCCCUGAGGCACAUCCUCGUCUCCCAGGGCCUCAUCCGGGAGCUCUUUGAUUACAAUCUUCGCCGAGGCUCUGCAGCCAUGCGGGAGGAGGUCCGCCAGCUCAUGUGCCUGCUAACUCGAGACAAUCCAGAAGCCACCCAGCAAAUGAACGACUUGAUUAUUGGCAAAGUCUCCACUGCCUUGAAGGGCCACUGGGCCAAUCCUGAUCUAGCAAGCAGCCUUCAGUAUGAAAUGCUGUUGCUGACAGAUUCCAUCUCGAAGGAGGACAGCUGCUGGGAACUCCGGUUACGCUGUGCUCUCAGCCUUUUCCUCAUGGCUGUGAACAUUAAGACUCCUGUGGUUGUGGAGAACAUUACCCUCAUGUGCCUGCGGAUCUUGCAGAAGCUGAUUAAACCACCUGCUCCAACCAGCAAGAAGAACAAGGAUGUCCCCGUCGAGGCCCUCACCACAGUUAAGCCGUACUGCAAUGAGAUCCAUGCCCAGGCUCAGCUGUGGCUCAAGAGAGACCCCAAAGCAUCCUACGAAGCCUGGAAGAAAUGUCUUCCUAUCAGAGGGAUAGAUGGCAAUGGGAAAUCCCCCAGCAAGUCAGAGCUCCGCCACCUCUAUUUGACCGAGAAGUACGUGUGGAGAUGGAAGCAGUUCCUGAGUCGUCGCGGGAAGAGGACCCCCCCCUUGGAUCUCAAACUGGGCCAUAACAACUGGCUGCGGCAAGUGCUCUUCACCCCGGCGACGCAGGCCGCGCGCCAGGCAGCCUGCACCAUCGUGGAAGCUCUGGCCACCAUUCCCAGCCGCAAGCAGCAGGUCCUUGACCUCCUUACCAGCUACUUGGACGAGCUGAGCAUAGCUGGCGAGUGUGCCGCCGAGUACUUGGCUCUCUACCAAAAGCUCAUCACUUCGGCCCACUGGAAAGUCUAUCUGGCGGCUCGGGGAGUCCUGCCCUACGUGGGCAACCUUAUCACCAAGGAAAUCGCCCGCUUGCUGGCCCUGGAGGAGGCCACCCUUAGCACUGACCUGCAGCAGGGCUACGCCCUCAAAAGUCUCACAGGGCUUCUUUCCUCCUUUGUCGAGGUGGAGUCCAUCAAAAGACACUUUAAGAGUCGCUUGGUAGGUACUGUGCUGAAUGGGUACCUAUGCUUGCGAAAACUGGUGGUGCAGAGGACCAAGCUGAUCGACGAGACCCAGGACAUGCUGCUGGAGAUGCUGGAGGACAUGACCACAGGUACAGAAUCGGAAACCAAGGCCUUCAUGGCUGUGUGCAUUGAGACAGCCAAGCGCUACAACCUGGAUGAUUACAGGACACCUGUGUUCAUCUUUGAGAGGCUCUGCAGCAUCAUUUAUCCUGAGGAGAAUGAAGUCACUGAAUUCUUUGUGACCCUGGAGAAGGACCCGCAACAAGAAGACUUCUUACAGGGCAGGAUGCCCGGGAACCCAUAUAGCAGCAAUGAGCCAGGCAUUGGGCCACUUAUGAGGGAUAUAAAGAACAAGAUUUGCCAGGACUGUGACUUGGUGGCUCUCCUGGAGGACGACAGCGGGAUGGAGCUUCUAGUGAACAAUAAGAUCAUUAGUUUGGAUCUUCCUGUGGCUGAGGUUUACAAGAAGGUCUGGUGUACCACGAAUGAGGGAGAGCCCAUGAGGAUUGUUUACCGCAUGCGCGGGCUGUUGGGCGAUGCCACCGAGGAGUUUAUCGAGUCCCUGGACUCCACCACAGAUGAAGAAGAAGAUGAAGAGGAAGUGUAUAAGAUGGCUGGUGUGAUGGCCCAGUGUGGGGGCCUGGAGUGCAUGCUCAACAGACUGGCCGGGAUCAGAGAUUUCAAGCAGGGACGCCACCUUCUCACCGUGCUCCUGAAAUUGUUCAGUUACUGCGUGAAGGUGAAAGUCAACCGACAGCAGCUGGUCAAGCUGGAAAUGAACACCUUGAAUGUCAUGCUGGGGACCCUAAACCUGGCCCUGGUGGCUGAGCAAGAAAGCAAGGACAGUGGUGGUGCAGCUGUGGCCGAGCAGGUGCUUAGCAUCAUGGAGAUCAUUCUGGAUGAAUCCAACGCUGAGCCCCUGAAUGAGGACAAGGGCAACCUCCUCCUGACGGGUGACAAAGAUCAGCUUGUGAUGCUCUUGGACCAGAUUAACAGCACCUUUGUUCGCUCCAACCCUAGCGUGCUCCAGGGCCUGCUGCGCAUCAUCCCGUACCUUUCCUUUGGCGAGGUGGAGAAAAUGCAGAUCUUGGUGGAGCGGUUCAAGCCAUACUGUAACUUUGACAAGUAUGAUGAAGACCACAGCGGCGAUGAUAAGGUCUUCCUGGACUGCUUCUGUAAGAUCGCAGCCGGCAUCAAGAACAGCAGCAAUGGGCAUCAGCUAAAGGAUCUGAUUCUCCAGAAGGGAAUCACCCAGAGUGCGCUGGACUAUAUGAAAAAGCACAUUCCCAGCGCCAAGAAUCUGGAUGCUGACAUCUGGAAAAAGUUCUUAUCUCGCCCAGCCCUGCCAUUUAUCUUGAGGCUUCUUCGGGGGCUGGCCGUCCAGCACCCUGCCACCCAGGUUCUGAUCGGAACAGACUCCAUCACAAACCUACAUAAACUGGAGCAGGUGUCCAGCGAUGAGGGCAUUGGGACCCUGGCAGAGAACCUGCUGGAGGCAUUGCGGGAGCACCCUGAUGUAAACAAGAAGAUCGAUGCUGCCCGUAGGGAGACCCGUGCUGAGAAGAAGCGCAUGGCCAUGGCAAUGAGGCAGAAGGCUCUGGGCACCCUGGGCAUGACGACAAAUGAGAAGGGCCAGGUCGUGACCAAGACAGCGCUCUUGAAGCAGAUGGAGGAGCUGAUUGAGGAGCCGGGCCUCACGUGCUGCAUCUGCAGGGAGGGGUACAAGUUCCAGCCCACAAAAGUCCUGGGCAUUUAUACCUUCACCAAGCGGGUAGCCUUGGAAGAGAUGGAGAACAAGCCCCGGAAACAGCAGGGCUACAGCACCGUGUCCCACUUCAACAUCGUGCACUAUGAUUGUCACCUGGCUGCUGUCAGGCUGGCUCGUGGCCGGGAAGAGUGGGAAAGUGCUGCCCUUCAGAACGCCAACACUAAGUGCAAUGGGCUCCUUCCAGUCUGGGGGCCCCACGUCCCUGAAUCAGCUUUUGCCACCUGCUUGGCAAGGCACAACACUUACCUCCAGGAAUGUACGGGCCAGCGGGAGCCCACGUACCAGCUCAACAUCCACGACAUCAAGCUGCUCUUCCUGCGCUUCGCCAUGGAGCAGUCAUUCAGCGCUGACACUGGCGGGGGCGGUCGGGAGAGCAACAUCCACCUGAUCCCGUACAUCAUUCACACUGUGCUUUACGUCCUGAACACAACCCGAGCAACUUCCCGAGAAGAGAAGAACCUCCAGGGCUUUCUGGAGCAGCCCAAGGAGAAGUGGGUGGAGAGUGCCUUUGAAGUGGAUGGGCCCCACUAUUUCACAGUCCUGGCCCUCCACAUCCUGCCCCCCGAGAAGUGGAGAGCCACACGUGUGGAAAUCCUGCGGAGGCUGCUGGUGACCUCUCAGGCCCGGGCAGUGGCUCCAGGGGGGGCCACCAGGCUGACAGACAAGGCAGUGAAGGACUAUUCUGCCUACCGCUCUUCCCUUCUCUUUUGGGCCCUCGUUGAUCUCAUUUACAACAUGUUUAAGAAGGUGCCUACCAGUAACACGGAGGGAGGCUGGUCCUGCUCUCUAGCGGAAUACAUCCGCCACAAUGACAUGCCCAUCUAUGAAGCUGCUGACAAAGCCCUGAAGACCUUCCAGGAGGAGUUCAUGCCAGUGGAGACCUUCUCGGAGUUCCUCGAUGCGGCUGGCCUGUUGUCAGAAGUCACCGAUCCCGAGAGCUUCCUGAAGGACCUGUUGAACUCAGUCCCCUGAACAGCACACGGAAGCUGCCGUUGGCAGAGACCGAAGCUAGCUUGCCUUCCAUCCUCCGUGUUCUUCCCUCCUGUGCAUUGACUCCCUCCACACGGGACGCUGCGGCAUCACUCUUCCCUCCCCCCUCAUGUCUUCUUGGAGUGGCUUGGGGUUUUUAGGCUUCCUGUUUUAUCUUGUGUGUGGUGCACUAGCUAUGAAGUUGUCUGUAACCCAAGCCACAGAAGGACCUGUACAUACCUAGGAGCCACGAGCUAUCCUGGCCGACUCAACAGUGUGCACAUCUUGAGAAAUAAACGAAUGACUGAGUACACAUUGAAAGA